GUGUUGUUAGACUUGUACGAACGCGCAUCGGCGCGACACAUUAGCGAACGUGCGAGUUCGUGUCCGUGCGAAAGUGUGAAAUGUCGUGAGAUUUCGGCAGAGAUGCGCGCCUCAAUGUGCUCCAAUAAACUGCUGCUCUAUUUUUUUAUCGGCGUCCUCACCGUUCCCAUAUUUUGUGGCAUCGAUAUUGUAGUCGAAGGCCUGCCGUUGCGAAGGCGGGAGCUCGAUACUAAUCAAGACAUUCUCGCCGGCGCUGAUUUCCUAUCAAUUCUAAUGGGAUCUUCAUUAAAAGAAACCUACAAUGACAUAACGUCCACGGUACCAUCCACGACGAUUCUCGUAGAAAUAGAUACCGAACCUGAUUACACCACCAAACGUGAUAAACGAAAUUCCGAUUCGAAUUUCGAUACUACGUACACUAAUAGUUUAAUAACAAACGCCGUUUUAUCUUCUUCUCAGAGUACAGAACGUUUCGAUGUUAGUGACUCUAGUACUAAUAAAGAUGGCGUUGUAGUAGCUGUUAGUAUAUCCACUUCGAUCGGAAGAUCUAGAGGAAUACCAAGUUAUAAGUAUUCUACAUCGGAGCUUCAACUACCCAGCCCGAUAGAAGCGGUUAAUCAGACGGCUACAGAAAAAACAAUCAAUCGGGAUUAUUUCGGUUCGGAACAUCGUCCUAGUAUAAUAGCUGAAGCAAGUAAAAGUGAAUUAAUCGUCGAAGAAACCGAACCGAUAACGAAAGAUAAUGAAUCGGCACCGGAUUCGAGUUUAAAUUACCAAACAACUACGUUUCUCGAUCAAAAUUUAUCUAAUAAACAAACUAUUUACCAGGAUAAUCCACGAUCUGUAUCGUACACUUUAACUUUACCUGGAAUACCAGUGGAAUCAGAUAAAUCGCAGCCUCACGAACGUCACGAGAGAAAUUAUAAAAAUUCUUUCGUCAACACUUUCGAAUCCAAUUUAAACAAAAGUACGGAAAAACCUUGGGCGAAGUAUACCCCGACCACCCCGCUACCGGUUGAUUUACCGAAAGUUUACGCUCAUCCCGAACAAAAUUACGAAGUAGACGAGGAAUUGAGCGUGGUAACCAACGGAAGAGCCCACGGCAUCCAACCGACCAAGCCGGAAAAAAAAGACGAUAACCAAAAAUUCGGGUACGUCGUCGAAGGGAAAAAUUACAGAAAAUAUAGAGUAGAAGAAAGAACGGCCGAUGGAUUUAUAGUCGGGGAAUACGGAGUCGUGAGUCACGACGAUGGAUCUUUGAGAGGUGUUCGAUAUACCGCUGACGGUACCAUCAAUCCCAGAUUGAUUUCCGAAGCUCUAAUGAAAUUUUUGUCUCUGUGAUUAUAUUUGCCCAACUGGUGCUAAAGAUACCGUACUGACACGUAUUUAGUUCCUUUCGAAUUAGAUAUUAUUAUUAUUAUUAAAUAAUUGUUACUCGAAAUAUGUCGAGAGUGACGAAAAUCUCGUUUCGGGGAGUCUCGUCUCGCAAUUAAAGCCUCGAGCGACCACUCUCGCAGACGUCUCGCAAAAGCCUUACAAUAAAAUCAGUUCGAAUCUGAUCCGGGAGGUCAAUGAACAAGGUUAUUCUAAUCUAAUGGUCCAGCAUCUUAAACUUCGCACUUCGUUCUGCUUUCUAACUAAGGUUUUAACUUCCUUAAAUCUUCUGGUCAUGUUUGUGGUGUCUAAGAGUUUUCUUUGUCUAGCAAAUUUGAUUGUAAUUUAGUUCUUCAUCCGAAGAUCCCGAUGGUCACCGUUCCAACAAUACCAGGAUGCAACCAUGGUGUAGUUUUUAGUAUCGAUGUUGUAUAGAAGCAGUUUGAUGUACCUGGAUAACGUUGAAUCUCGAUCUAAUAGCCAACACAUUUUUUUUCUUACAUCAAGCUCUCCACGUUUUUUUUUUUUAUAUGGAAUUUCGAGCUGUAUUGAAUCUAGUUUCAUUCAACUUGAUACUCCACAUCUUGGUCUAGCUGCUUAUUUGAUCAACGGAUGUGCGUAACUUCUCGGCAGCUUCUUCUUGGUGUUCAGGAAUGUCAUUAGUGUCCAGCAGAUAGAGCACUAGACUAAGUACGCAGCCCUGGGGAAGUUCUAGUUUGAUUUCUUCUGCCAAAUCUAAGUAGACAGUUGACAUUAGACUGUCAGAUCUGUGGUUUUCCCUAAAAAGCAAAUUGAUGGGCAGAAAUUACCUUCGAGAUAACAGACAGCAAUGAAAAAUGAAACUUUAUGGGGUGUUUUUCCCGGUUUGAGGAUAAUAAUAACCCCUGCAGCUCUUCAUAUCUUGGGAACAACUUGUUUUGGUAGUAAUCAGAUCAGAGUCUGGUUUUUGGGAUCGUUGUUUGUUCUGAUUACCUCAAAAACUUCUUUUGAAGAAGUAGGUUCAACAUCUUCCGAUUCUGGUUCAUUCUAAUCGUCAGGAUCUUCUUCAUAAUCGUCUGUAGAUGUUCUGCAAGCUCUUUAAAAACAUUUCUGAUUCGAGUAUUUUUUAAGAUGGGUCUUUUCAAUCGUUUGGUAGUUUUCCAAACUUUAUAAUGUGUCUUUUUUUUGCUGCGUUGCUUUAUUUAAGGCUGUUUUAUUUAUCCUAAGUUGCUUUGUUUGAUGCAAAGUUUUCGGAAAUGAAUUAUCAAGAAAAAUUGAAAAACAAUCAAACAUCAAAGUUUUAUAAACAUUAAAUGGCAUAUGAUGUUUGUGGAUAUUGAAAAGGCUUUUGAUAGAUAUGAUGACACAUUUCAAAAACAUUCUUGAUAGUUAGAAUAAUUAAUUGAUGUGUUAUUUUUAUCUGUAGGAUUUUUGAGAAAAUCUCGUACGAGAUUUGAGUUGAGACUCUUUUUCUUGUGGUGUAAGAAAAAUUUGUAGUAUCGUCUCGAGUCCCGUCUGGAAAACGAAACGAAAUAAAACUCUCGCAAACGAGAAAAUCGUUUUUCUUUUUAAAUUGCUUAAUUAUUGAUAAAAAAAAGAGUAAUAAUUAUAACUGAUAAUAUUUCUAAUUUGUACCUGACUUUUCACUUUAAUUUGACCCCUAUACUGUUAAUUUUGUUAAUAAUAGAAAAAUUUUGAACAAAAACUGAUAUUUUAGACGUAUAGGAUUCAAUUCCGGACUUUUUUAAACCCAGGAUUACGGGAUUGCAUGAAGGAAAUUAAUUAAAAACCAUUGAUUUAUAUGAAAAUCAUUAUAAAUAAUAAAAAAUAUUAAAAUUUCAUUCAUUCAAUUAAAUAAUAAGUUUGACAAAAACUUGUUUAGAACAAAGUUAAAAGUUUGGGUCGGUUUAAAGUGAAAAAACAAAGUUUUCUGUUAACGAAAUGUUGAUAAUAAUCUUGCCUCGUUUUCGGAAAACUAAACACCUUGUUCUGUUUAAUGUAAGACGUCAUACAUAUAUUUAUUAUUCCUAUAAUGAUAAAACUGGACCUCUACGACUUAAUCCUGUAUAAAAAUUUGUUGGGGGUCCUUCAACCUAAUUGCAGAGAGCCCCCAAAACUUUUUCACAACUAAACAAAAGCUAUUACUUACAAUAAAUGCUUCCAUAGUCUAGAUUUACCAAUUUGAGAGUAAUAAAAUAAAGAAGCAUUCGUAUUUUUGACCGAUUUCAGUUUUUCGAGAUUUUUUACCCUCAUAGAUAAUAGGGAGGAAUCUGGAAGCCUUUCUUGCACUACAGACGACCUUGAUGACUUUUUUAUAAAUAUAAUUUCAGAAAACUUCUUUCGGAAAGUGCCAGAAUUAUAAAACAUUUUAUUAUUACCUACGAAAAUUCGUGAGUAUCACUCUUCUGAAUCUCUGAUUAUAAGAGUGUUUUUUUUUCAGGAUUUACGGUUUAAUAUCAAUUCAAAAUUCUCCCUCUAUCUAAACCCUAAUUUCUUUUUUCGUUUACCUGUCGAAAACUUUUCUAUAUCGAGUGAUAUUGACCGAUAUUUUGGAUUCGACACCCUUAUAGUUGGACGACCCCGUAUGCGGCGGUAGCAACGCCCCUGGUAUAAACUAGUCAGUGUCGUUAUGUCGUUAUGAUGUCCCCAAUUUUCAUCCCCAGUAAAUUAGAAUCGGAAAAGAAACAACGCGUUAUUAGGAUUUAAACAAAAAAGGCUUCGCUGAUAUUUAUUUUCAAAAAACUUAUCAACAUAUCAAAAUAACCGAGUUUAGGUAAAAAUAAGUGAUUUCUAGCCCAAAUCCUUAUAUAUCUUCAAUAGUCCUGCAAUAUAGGAAUAUUAUUUAUGUGAUAGUUAAUUAUAAACGGCGCCCUCGAAUUUUUGGCGCUUUCGCAACAAUAAUAUUUAAGAAACAAUCUGUAAAAGAUCUAGUUGUGAUGUUUGAAACGUAUCGAACGUGAAAAACUUAUUCUAGAGUAAAAAAAAUAUCAUUUACUCUCAUAAAUACUUUUUAUUUUUGGUCUAUUUCAAUCAAUAAUGUAUUUUUAUAAAACAUUCAGUGUCUGAAGACGAUAACUUGGUUGUCGAAGGUAAAGUUUGCCUUUAGUCUCUGAAGACGAUAACUUGGUUAUCGAAGGUAAAGUUUACUUUCACUCUCUGAAGAAGAUAACUUGGUUAUCGAAGGUAAAGUGUGCCUUUAGUCUCUGAAGACGAUAACUUGGUUAUCGAAGGUAAAGUUUGCCUUUAGUCUCUGAAGACGAUAACUUGGUUAUCGAAGGUAAAGUUUGCCUUUAGUCUCUGAAGACGAUAACUUGGUUAUCGAAGGUAAAGUUUGCCUUUAGUCUCUAAAGACGAUAACUUGGUUAUCGAAGGUAAAGUUUGCCUUUAGUCUCUGAUGAAGAUAACUUGGUUAUCGAAGGUAAAGUUUGCCUUUAGUCUCUGAAGACGAUAACUUGGUUAUCGAAGGUAAAGUUUGCCUUCAGUCUCUGAAGACGAUAACUUGGUUAUCGAAGGUAAAGUUUGCCUUUAGUCUCUGAUGAAGAUAACUUGGUUAUCGAAGGUAAAGUUUGCCUUUAGUCUCUGAAGACGAUAACUUGGUUAUCGAAGGUAAAGUUUGCCUUCAGUCUCUGAAGACGAUAACUUGGUUAUCGAAGGUAAAGUUUGCCUUUAGUCUCUGAUGAAGAUAACUUGGUUAUCGAAGGUAAAGUUUGCCUUUAGUCUCUGAAGACGAUAACUUGGUUAUCGAAGGUAAAGUUUACUUUCACUCUCUGAAGAAGAUAACUUGGUUAUCGAAGGUAAAGUUUGCCUUUAGUCUCUGAAGACGAUAACUUGGUUAUCGAAGGUAAAGUUUAACUUUAGUCUCUGAAGAAGAUAACUUGGUUAUCGAAGGUAAAGUUUGCCUUUAGUCUCUGAAGAAGAUAACUUGGUUAUCGAAGGUAAAGUUCACCUUCAGUCUCUGAAGACGAUAACUUGGUUAUCGAAGGUAAAGUUUGCCUUCAGUCUCUGAAGACGAUAACUUGGUUAUCGAAGGUAAAGUUUAACUUUAGUCUCUGAAGACGAUAACUUGGUUAUCGAAGGUAAAGUUUGCCUUCAGUCUCUGAAGACGAUAACUUGGUUAUCGAAGGUAAAGUUCACCUUCAGUCUCUGAAGACGAUAACUUGGUUAUCGAAGGUAAAGUUUGCCUUCAGUCUCUGAAGACGAUAACUUGGUUAUCGAAGGUAAAGUUCACCUUCAGUCUCUGAAGACGAUAACUUGGUUAUCGAAGGUAAAGUUUGCCUUCAGUCUCUGAAGACGAUAACUUGGUUAUCGAAGGUAAAGUUUACCUUCAGUCUCUGAAGACGAUAACUUGGUUAUCGAAGGUAAAGUUCACCUUCAGUCUCUGAAGACGAUAACUUGGUUAUCGAAGGUAAAGUUUGCCUUCAGUCUCUGAAGACGAUAACUUGGUUAUCGAAGGUAAAGUUUACCUUCAGUCUCUGAAGACGAUAACUUGGUUAUCGAAGGUAAAGUUUGCCUUCAGUCUCUGAAGACGAUAACUUGGUUAUCGAAGGUAAAGUUUCCCUUUAGUCUCUGAAGAAGAUAACUUGGUUAUCGAAGGUAAAGUUUCCCUUUAGUCUCUGAAGACGAUAACUUGGUUAUCGAAAUUAACAAAACAACAAUUAGAAAAGUUAAGUGAAGAUCCAGACUUGUUAUUUUUUAUAAAUAAGGAUGAUAUAUUUUCAAUAUUGAAUAAUUUGAUUAAAAAAUUCUUCGUCAAUAUUGAGUAGGGUUUUAUUGAGUUGUUAGUCUUUGUGACCCAUAAUUUUUAUAACCUCUCGCUCUUGUACACCAUUUUUGCCCAAUUGACUAACCACCAUCGAUCUAUUGGAGUGAUUCGUCAUUUUCUUUCUUAGUAUUGAAACCAAUCGCUUAGGCAGACGAUUUUGACACCAGAGAUCAUUUUCUGAUUUCCACUAACUAUUUAUUCUUAAAAAUAAUCUGUUGACAUAAAUUUUUUAAAUAAUCUGAGAGGAAAAACACAUUUUUGAACCACCUUGACAAGUCUUGCUGAAUAUAGUACUAUAUUCAACUCGAUUUGUUACACAACUUAAUGCUGUCGAAUUUCGUUCUGAUUUGAUCGCAGCUUUCGUCGUAUAGACUCGCGAGCAGCUCGCCGUGGUACAAUAAUAACUUUCAUUUCUUCAAAUUCUAUACCAACGUCCAAUUUCCAUCUAAUUUGAUACUUUCUAUCAUUGCCAUUGUUUGCUUCUUCGAUUUCAUUAAUAUUAUCAUCUGAAUUACAAAUAUUUAAAACGUCAAAAUCGAAAUAAAUCAAUACAAAGUGAUGAAGGGUGAACAGAUAGGUUUUCCUUAUUAACCUGACCUAACCUAGACUAGAUCUUUUACAGAUAUUGAAUCUAAAAUGUUGUUGAAUCGUACUCAUUAUUGAGAUAUUUGCUCAUGUCAAUUAUUGUAGGUAAUUUUCAAAAAAUGCUAUUAUUUUUGUAUCUAAUUUUAUUGUAAAUCCAAGUAAUAUAAUCUAAAUGAAC